CCACUCUCCCAUUUUCGCGGCUAAAACCGAAUGUCUAGACCUCUGUUCCGCGUGUGACCUCCUCUGCUUCUUCUAGUUGCACGAUGUGCGGAUACUCACGACCCUUGCAGACCUCGCAUAACCCGUAAACCCGUAUUGAAACCAACGUCGCCUCAUAUCUGGAAUUCGCCCGCCUUCCCGAAUACACUGCCGUACGGAAUACUCCCGGCCCCGACCCGACCGACCGACCAACCACCUCCGUCUUCCGACCUCACCCCCCCGACCGACUCGCACUGAACCACCCCUCGCGGUCACCGCACACUCAUAGCCCGAUUCGGUGCCAUCUCACGCCGUACACUCCGAGCCAUACACCCUGAAACUCUUCCCGACUUUUGAUCUUCGCCGUGAUGGGCUCCGUCUGCGGCAAGGAGGACAAAGGGGACAACUUCACCUCCCCCGGGCGUCCCCUCGGCACCGCGCCCCCGCCUCAGCCAAAGACCGCACCCAUCCCCGCCAGAGUCGGUGGCCCCCCACGGACACUCGGCGGCGGCGGCAGCAACGGCGGCGCACCCGGUGAGCAAUCCGCUGACGCGGCCGAAGCGCGGCGCAAGGCCGCAGAAGCAGCCGAGGCCCGAGCGAAAGCAGCAAGCAAAUCGACGGGGAAGCUUUCCUCGCAGCUUAACGCGCAAAAGAAGCAGACCCAGGCCGACCUGCUUAAGGACGCCAGCGCCCAGCAGCUGAGACAACGAGACGCCGAUGCCGCCGCGGAGGCGAGGACCUACAACUAGAGCCGAAGCAUGUGACCUUGCGGUGAUAUACUAAUAGAGGAUGACAAGCGUUCGGCUUCGGUGGAGACGGAUGAGCAUGCGAAGUUGGCGUGCGGCAUUUUUUGAGUACACAUUUUUUAUUAUUUUAAAUCUUUCUUUGUUUUCUCCCAUCAUUGCUGGCGUACGGAAGGCAACCUCUGCACUACUUCUUUCACGCACUUUAUGAACUGGCUCGAGGGCCCGAGGCGUAGCCUGAGCGCGAAGUAUCGUCUGAGAUAAGUGGUUUCGGAUUUCACGAGACAGAGCAAUGUCGCCUGCAAUGAAAUAUUGUUUUUCAACGACAAGAGGCGGGAAGGGGGCGGCG